AUGAGUGACGAACCAAAUCGAGUAGUUCCUAGAUUUCAGCACGAGUUGGCAGAGACUCUUGCCUUCAGUGAGUAUGUCUAUCUGAAUGACAUUCAGACAAACCAGAUUAACGAGUUUGUCCAAUAUCUCCUAAAGAAAGGCGCAGAGCUGACGACUGAUGAGGAGGAAAUCAUACAGGAGAAGGAAGCAAAAUUUAAUGAAGCGGUAGAAUGCGAGGAGGAGUUGAAGGCAGAAGAGGAGGAGGAGCUGAAGGUAGAGGAGGAGGAGGAGUUGAAUGCAGAGGAGGGAAAGGUGAAGGAGAAAAAGGCUGAGGAGCCUGAGGAGGAGAUAACGGCAGAGGAGGAGGAGAUGACGGAGGAUGAGAUAACGGCAGAGGAGGAGCUGAAGACAGAGAAGAAGGGGCUGAUGUUAGACGAGGAGGGGGUGAAGGUAGAGGAUGAGGAGGAGGAGGAGGAGGAGAUGAAUGACAUUCAGACAAACCAGAUUAACGCGUUUGUCUUGUAUCUCCAAGAGAAAGUUGCAGAGCUGACGACUGAUGAGGAGGAAAUCAUACUGGAGAAGGAAGCAAAUAAAGCGAAAGUUGCAGAGCUGACGACUGAUGAGGAGGAAAUCAUACAGAAGAAGGAUGCAAAGGAAGCGGUAGAAUGGGAGGAGGAAUUGAAGGUAAAGGAAGAGGGUCUGAAGGUCGAGGAGGAGAAGGAGGUGAAAGCAGAGGAGGCGGAGAUGAUAAAGGCUGAGGAGGAGAAGAUAAAGGCAGAAGAGGAGGAGACGAAGGCGGUGGAGGAGCAGGCAAUCACUUUGGUUGCGGAGGCUAAGGUCACAGAGGAAGACAGAGAGCUAGAGGGCGAGAAGGUAGUGAAGCUGUCAGAAAUGACGGAGGAGUUAAGAGAGUUUGCUGAAACCUUGUGGAACGAAACUCCGAUGGAGAAGAUGAAGAUGAAGAAGGGGCAAAUACAGAAGGAUGAAAAGAUCAUUAACGAAAUGAAAGAGGUUUUGGAGGGAAUACGAGAGGCCAAAGACUUCAAAGAGAAGAGGAAGUUCAAGGUAAAGAAUGAAGAUAGGAAGAAGGAGAGUGAUCAAGAUAACAAAGAUCAGGCUGUUGUAACUGGAAGAAGACGGAAAUGGUGGCAACUUUUAUGCUGUUUUGGUUGGAGGAGGCGCAGCAGGCGUUCUUAA